AUGCACGGGCGAGGCAGGGUAGGGAAGCCGAGGAAGCUCUGCCCGCCCCUCCCCGCCAUCCUGCUGCUGCCGCUGCUGAGGGCAGUGCAGAUGUCAGAGCUGAGCUGCGCUGCUGGGGGGCUGGGUCCCAUCUGCGCCAGGAGACAGGGAUGCCUGCAGGCAGCCACAGGGCGGGGUCCCGAUGGUCCUGGGCCCUGCCAGGACCCGUCCAUCCUCCACCAGGCUGACACGCAGCCCUGCCCGGGGGUGGCGGCCUCCCCAGCACCCACCCACGAUUCCCCUGGAAGGACGUCUGCUGUGCCCACCCCCCCUCCUUCGGGCCCCUCCUGGCUCCUCAGUCUGUCGCCACAUUAUGGCUCAUGCCCUGCGGAUUCCCAAGCCCUGAGCAGCAGCCGCUGGAGGAACGGGGCGGGCAGCUGGGAGUCUGUCUGGGACACCUCGACUGUCUGCCCACACGCCCCUGCGGCAAGGACGUGGGAGGACGCAAAGGGCCCGCCUCACCGGCACCUAGGAUGCCAGGCCAUCACGUGGUUCCCCUUUUCUCCCCAGUUUUGGGAGGUCAUCAGCGACGAGCACGGCAUCGACCCCACUGGCAGUUACCACGGCGACAGCGACUUGCAGCUGGAGAGGAUCAACGUGUACUACAACGAAGCCGCUGGUAACAAGUAUGUGCCCCGGGCCAUCCUGGUGGAUCUGGAGCCGGGCACCAUGGACUCGGUCAGGUCUGGACCCUUUGGCCAGAUCUUCAGGCCCGACAACUUUGUGUUUGGUACGUAGCCACGACCCCUGGGCGCUGGCUCCGCGGGUCUCCUUCCUCCCCAGCCCCGUGGGGCUCACAGCUCUCCCGGCUCAAGGCCGAGGCGGACACCGUGUGUCCACAGGGAGCCCUCGGCCCUGACCUCACGGCCCCGGGCCCGGAGCUGCCCCUCGUCCAGCCCCUCUCAGUGCAGCCCAAAGGCCGGGUCACCUGCAGGGGCUGCCUCGGCCCCGCCCCCAGAGCAGCCCGGGAGGGGCUUGGAAGGAAGAGCCAAGGAGAGCUUCCCAGAGCAGGUAGCUGGUCCUUCGAGAGAAGCAGUGAGAAGCAAGUGCUUCUAGAGGCCCAGGCCCGAGGCCCAGGUGACGGGCAGGCGCCGAGACCGCGGCUGAGAGCAGGUUCUGCCUGCCUGGUCACUGUCGCUGAGGUACGU